AUGCCGAUUCCAAGAAAAGCCUUAACUGUUUUUCGUUUUCUCAUUACCUUCUUCUCUCUGUUUUCACCUUUCUUCAUCUCCUCGGUUUCUGCAUCGACCAAUGAAGUCGCUGCAUUGAUUUCUUGGCUUCACAGCUCCACUUCGCUGCCGACAGCAUUCUCCGGCUGGAAUCCCUCUGAUUCCGAUCCAUGUCAAUGGCCUUACAUCACUUGUUCCUCCUCCGACAAACUCGUUACAGAGAUCAAUGUCGUCUCUGUUCAGUUAGCUCUACCUUUCCCUCCAAACAUCUCUUCGUUUACCUCACUUCAGAAGCUCGUUAUCUCCAACACCAAUCUCACCGGAACUAUAUCACCCGACAUCGGAGAUUGCCUUGAACUCAGAGUUAUCGACUUAAGCUCAAACAGUCUCGUUGGCGAAAUACCUCCGGCUCUAGGGAAGCUCAAGAAUCUUCAAGAACUCAGCUUAAGUUCCAAUGGCCUCACCGGAAAGAUCCCACCGGAGCUCGGCGACUGCGUUUCUCUCAAGAAUCUCGAGAUAUUCGACAACUACUUAGCCGGAAAUCUCCCACCGGAGCUCGGAAAGAUCUCUUAUCUCGAGAGCAUAAGAGCCGGAGGAAACACAGAGCUCUCAGGGAAAAUCCCGGAGGAGAUCGGUGACUGUCGGAAUCUGACGGUUCUAGGUCUCGCCGCCACGAAAAUUUCCGGCAGCUUACCUGUCUCGUUAGGUAAACUAGGCAAGCUCGAGACUUUAUCUGUUUACUCUGCAAUGCUCUCCGGCGAGAUCCCUAAAGAGCUUGGAAACUGCUCUCAACUUAUCAAUCUGUUUCUAUACGACAAUGACUUGUCCGGCACGCUUCCACGAGAAUUGGGAAAGCUUCAAAACCUAGAGAAGAUGCUUCUAUGGCAGAAUAAUCUCCACGGACCCAUCCCUGAGGAGAUCGGUUUCAUGAAAAGCUUAAACGCCAUUGAUCUCUCUAUGAACUAUUUCUCAGGAACCAUCCCUAACUCGUUCGGUGACUUGUCGAACCUCGAAGAGCUUAUGCUUAGCAGCAACAACAUCACUGGUUCAAUACCUUCCGUUCUAAGCAACUGCACAAGGCUUGUUCAGUUGCAGAUUGACGCCAAUCAGAUUUCCGGUUUGAUUCCGCCUGAGAUUGGUUUACUCAAGGAGCUCAACAUAUUCUUGGGAUGGCAAAAUAAGCUAGAAGGAAAUAUUCCGGCCGAGUUAGCCGGUUGUCAGAAUCUUCAAGCUCUUGACUUGUCUCAGAAUUUUCUCACCGGAGCUUUACCUCCCGGUUUGUUCCAGCUUCGUAAUCUGACCAAGCUCUUGCUUAUAUCCAAUGCCAUUUCCGGUGUUAUCCCGCCGGAGAUCGGAGACUGCACAUCGCUUGUCAGAUUGAGGCUUGUCAAUAACAGGAUCACCGGAGAAAUCCCUAAAGAAAUCGGAUUUCUUCAAAACCUAAGCUUCCUUGACUUGUCUGAGAACACUCUCUCCGGUCCAAUUCCUUGGGAGAUAAGCAACUGCAGACAGCUCCAGAUGCUUAACCUGAGCAACAACACUCUCCGAGGUUAUCUUCCUCUCUCUUUAUCUUCUCUAACAAAGCUUCAAGUUCUUGAUGUCUCUUCAAAUGACUUGUCUGGCAAGAUACCUGAUAGUCUUGGUCAUCUUCUUUCGCUAAACCGGCUCAUUCUUAGUAAGAACUCCUUCAAUGGAGUAAUCCCUCCAUCUCUCGGUCACUGCACGAAUCUUCAGCUUCUUGAUCUCAGCAGUAACAACAUCUCUGGAACCAUACCAGAGGAAAUCUUUGACAUUGAAGAUCUAGACAUUGCCCUAAACUUGAGCUGGAAUUCAUUAGAUGGGUUUAUACCGGAGAAGAUUUCAGCGCUUAACCGAUUAUCUGUGUUGGAUAUCUCACACAACAUGCUUUCAGGAGACCUCUUUGCGCUGUCCGGUCUAGAGAACUUGGUUUCCUUGAACAUCUCUCACAACAGAUUCUCAGGCUAUCUUCCAGACAGUAAAGUGUUCAGACAGCUAAUAACAGAGGAGAUGGAAGGAAACCAUGGACUCUGUUCCAAAGGUUUCAGGUCUUGUUUUGUGAGUAACGGUACUAGGUUAAACACACAGCACGGUGAUGAUUUUGUGCACUCACAGAGACUCAAGAUAGCUAGUGGAUUGCUUAUCAGCGUGACAGUGGUUUUAGCGGUAUUAGGCGUGUUGGCGGUUUUACGAGCAAGACAAAUGAUUCAAGAAGAUAACGAUUCAGAGAAGGGAGAGAAUCUAUGGACAUGGCAAUUCACACCUUUUCAGAAACUCAACUUCACUGUCGAACAUGUGCUCAAGUGUUUGGUGGAAGGUAAUGUUAUAGGGAAAGGUUGCUCUGGAGUAGUGUACAAAGCAGAGAUGCCUAACCAAGAAGUCAUCGCAGUGAAAAAGCUCUGGCCAGUGACGGUGAAUGUUGCUAAUCUGAAUGAGAAAACUAAGGCAUCAGGAGUUCGAGACUCAUUCUCAGCUGAAGUCAAGACACUUGGCUCGAUCAGGCACAAGAACAUUGUCCGGUUCUUGGGAUGUUGUUGGAACAAGAACACAAGACUUCUUAUGUAUGAUUAUAUGUCCAAUGGGAGUUUGGGAAGCUUACUUCACGAGAGGAGUGGUGUAUGUAGCUUAGGAUGGGAGGUGAGGUACAGGAUUAUACUUGGUGCAGCUCAGGGUUUGGCUUACUUGCACCAUGACUGUGUUCCUCCCAUUGUUCAUAGAGACAUCAAGGCUAACAAUAUUCUGAUUGGCCCUGAUUUUGAGCCUUACAUUGGAGAUUUUGGACUUGCUAAGCUUGUUGAUGAUGAUGACUUUGCUCGUUCUUCCAAAACCAUUGCUGGUUCCUAUGGUUACAUUGCUCCAGAAUAUGGAUACUCAAUGAAGAUAACAGAGAAAAGCGACGUGUAUAGCUACGGAGUCGUGGUCUUAGAGGUAUUGACAGGGAAGCAACCGAUCGAUCCAACGAUACAAGACGGACUCCACAUAGUGGACUGGGUCAAGAAAACAAGAGAUUUACAAGUAAUCGACCAAGGAUUACUAGGGAGGCCAGAGUCGGAGGUCGAAGAGAUGGUGCAAACGCUAGGAGUCGCGCUUCUCUGCGUAAACUCGAUACCUGAAGACAGGCCUACAAUGAAAGAUGUGGCUGCUAUGCUCAGUGAGAUACGUCAGGAAAGAGAGGAAUCGAUGAAAGUUGUCGAGAAUAAUGGUUGCUCGAGGAGUUGUAACAAUGGGGGAGAAAGAAGAGAUGAUGAUUCUUCGCCUUCUUUGGUUAUGCAGCAAACGGCUAAGUAUUUGAGAAGCAGUAGCACGAGUUUCUCUGCGUCUUCUUUGCUUUACUCUUCUUCUUCUUCUGCGGCUAAGUAA